UUCACCGCACUCUCCAGCACAACCACACAGCACCGCACCAUCGCAGACAUGAAGUUCACCAUCGCUACCCUCGUCCUCGCCGCCAUGCUCCCCGCCGCGUUCGCGGAAAACUGCCAGAACACCGGCGGCGUCGCCAACGGCGAGUGUGUCAAGUACUACUCCAACGACCAGUGCAAGGGCGACGUGAUCGGCAGCUACAAGCCGACCUGCGAGGGCAACUGCUUCCAGGCCGACUUCAGCAGCGUGUUCGUCUCGGGCGACGGCACGUUCGGCACGGACUGCACCCUCUACUCGGACGCCAACUGCAGCGUUGAGCAGACCGAUUCCGGAAACGUUGUUGUUGGAGCUGGCAAAUGCGCUAGCGCUCCCAACGCCAAGAGCAUGAAGUGUUUCUACCGCUGCUGAACGCCAGAUGCUC